UGAAGUUACCGGGAUAUCCAAGACCUUCAAGCAAAGCAACGAAUCCAGCCCAUCUCUGUUGCUAUCAUCGCCAGCUUUCCAACAAGAGCUCCAGUCUCGUUGCGUUCCGCAGUAUAUAUAACCCCAACCCUGCGAUAAAUACAUCUCGCCUGAUUCAACGGUCUUUUUUACCCAACUUUUAUCAUUCAAACACACAAGGAGACACUGAAGCCGUCACCACCUCUGAACACAAAGAAAUGCCUACAACUACAUUUUAUGACCUUGCAGCCGAGCUUCCGAAUGGGACUACGUAUGACUUUGAUCAGCUGAAAGGCAAAGUCGUGCUGGUUGUCAACACUGCCAGUCAGUGUGGAUUCACACCGCAGUAUAAAGGUCUUCAGUCAUUAUACGACAAGUACAAGGAUCAAGGAUUCAUUAUUUUGGGAUUCCCAUGCAAUCAGUUUGGUGGCCAAGAACCUGAUGACGAUGCUUCCAUCGCCGAAUUCUGUACCAUCAAUCACGGCGUAUCUUUCCCUCUGAUGAAGAAGGCCGACGUUAAUGGGGACAACACGAACGCCGUCUUCUCCUGGCUCAAGAACCAGAAAUCUGGCCUCUUAGGAUUAUCGAGAAUCAAGUGGAAUUUCGAGAAGUUCUUGAUUGACAAGAAGGGUAACGUCGUGCAACGCUGGGCAUCGACGACUACUCCGCAAGGAAUUGAUGCUGAGGUCGCGAAGCAGCUUGCGGCUUGACUAUGUCAAAAUAUUCGUUCUGAUGCUCACGGUGAUUCCGGCCCCAAUUGUAAACUAUGAGAGAUCAGUGUAUGGAACGAUACUCGGAUAAUUGUUGUACUUUUUUUUUUAGUCUUGUCAUCACUGGCAGGAAUAGUAUAAAACAAGGAAGUUGAAGGAACACAAUCGCUGUGCCACCUGGUUGCGAUCCGGACCAGGAUGAAUGAA